ACAACAGAAGCCAAGACAAUCCAAAUCAAUAUAAACGCGGGAGAAAUCCUCAAUCGCCGCUUUGCCUGCGGUAUCGUCGUAUUGUCGGUCGAUCAAAAGACGAGUGGGUUGCUGCCAGAAUGGGAAUAACAGGCCUGUCGAAAGUUAUCGCUGACCAUGCUCCAUCGGCAAUAAAGGAAGGCGACAUCAAGAGCUAUUUUGGCAGGAAGAUUGCUAUUGAUGCAUCAAUGUGCCUGUAUCAGUUUCUCAUUGCUGUUCGGCAAGAGAAUAACAUGCUUACAAACAGCGAUGGAGAGACCACUAGCCACCUGGUUGGAUUCUUCUACAGGACAAUACGUAUGAUUGAUAAUGGCAUAAAGCCCGUGUACGUGUUUGAUGGCAAACCUCCAGAUAUGAAGUCAUCAGAGCUUGAAAAACGACAAGAGAGGAGAGAAGCUGCUGAAAAAGAACUGAAGAAGGCUGAGGAAGAAGGUAUUCAAGACGACAUAAACAAGUUCAGCAAACGACUCGUGAAGGUAACUCGGCAGCAUAACGAAGACUGCAAGAAAUUGUUGGGCCUCAUGGGAGUUCCCUACAUCAAUGCACCUUGUGAAGCUGAAGCCCAGUGCGCAGAACUCGUCAAGGGUGGCAAAGUAUAUGGCACUGCCACAGAGGACAUGGACGGGCUCACAUUUGGAACAGAUAUCCUUUUGCGCCACAUGACCUACAGUGAAGCUCGAAAAAUGCCAAUCAAGGAAUUCAAUCUGCAAAAGACCCUGAAUGGGCUGGAAUUGAGUAGAGAAGAGUUCGUGGACCUCUGUAUCCUGCUGGGCUGUGACUACUGUGAGAGUAUAAGAGGAAUUGGCCCAAAGCGUGCAGUUGAACUGAUCAAGCAACACAAAACCAUCGAAAAAAUUGUAGAAAAUAUUGAUACAAAGAAGUUCACAGUACCUGAAGAUUGGCCAUUCAAAAAAGCUCGCCAGCUUUUCUUGGAGCCUGAAGUCACACCUGCUGAUGACGUCCAGCUGAAGUGGACAGAACCAGACGAAGAUGGGCUUGUAAAGUUCCUCUGUGAAGAAAACGGAUUCAAUGAGGAGAGGAUCAGGAAUGGAGCCAAGAAGUUGCUGAAAGGCAGGACCACCACGAUGCAAGGCCGCCUCGACAAUUUCUUUAAAGUUCUGCCAUCUGAACCCUCACCCAAACGCAAGAAUGAAGAAAAAGACAAAUCUUCAAAAAAGAAGAAGGGGGCAACUGGAGGUGGCAAAUUCAAGAAGGGCAAAUGAUAUGGGUAGACUGCAUUUAAUAAAACUUCAUGUUGCAUGCAUCUCGUUUGACAACAACAAUAAUAAUACGUGCAUAGCUCUUACCUUACAUUAAAAAUGCAUGCAAAAAACUUUGUCUAUACACAAAUAUGCUGUCAGAUCACAGUGGAUGCUAAAAUGAUGAGAAUGCUCAAGGUUUUGCCUGGAGUUGCUGAGACCGUCGUUGGCAGCGAUGACAAGGAUCUUUCUUCUGCUCCCUGCAAGUUCUGUAGAUAAGAUACAAAGAGAAAUAGCUUCAAUGGGUUACCAAGAAGAUACUCUGUGGAUGUGAGGAGACUUGCGUUAAGAUUGUGUUUGAUGUAUCUAAUAAAGUGGCAAGUGUUCUCUA